AUGAGGAAUCGGGAGGUUCUGGCUCUGGUCGCCUUUAGUCUUCUCACGAUGACUGAAGCUGGCAAUGUAUUAGUAUGCAAGGACAUCAAAGAUUGCAAUACCUGCGCCGAAAGCUAUAUUCAUAUCCUUGGAUUUAAAGAAGACUGUAGAUGGUGUCUAGAAACUCAAUCGUGCGGAGGACCUAUUUCCUGUCCAAUUGGAAAACCAGUUAUCCAAAAGGAUCCUUUUAAAUGUCCAACUCCAUACAAACCAAGUGCUGGAAAGCGGUACACAGAUGCUCUCGGAAGAUCUCUUUUCGCGAUUUCCACUGCAGUUCGUGACAGUAAUGUUACCGCGUGCCUUAGAAAUGUUCGUCCCGAUAUCUCAUUUUCUCGAUCAUAUGAGGUAGAAUGCGAUGGAUCUGGUAAUUUGUGCAAAGGAAUAAUUGCAAAAAGUGAAGAAGCCAAGGCUCUUUAUGUUGCUUACAAGGGAAGCACUGCUGGAAAGCAAGUGUUCGCUGAGAUGCUCCAUGGACUGACCGCCCAACUUGGAGCGUGGGAGAAGUUUGAAUCUCAAGACGCUGGAGUUAUCAACUAUUUCCAUACUGCCUUCUACCGUCUGUUCAUCGACAGUGGAAUGGAAGAUGAUCUAAUGGACCUGAUGAAGAAGCAUAAAAACUACAGAAUCUGGUUGACUGGUCAUUCCCUUGGAGGAUCUCUCGCUUCUAUGACUGCCUUGCACUUGGUCAAAAAGAAGGGAGUGGACAAAAACCGUGUUAGACUCAUCACGUUCGGAGAGCCACGAACUGGAAACAUCGCCUAUGCCAAGGAAGUCGAAGAGAAUGUACCAUUUCGUUAUCGAGUUAUCAAGCGAGGAGACCCAGUUCCAAAUAUGCCAGCCCCGCUCAACCCAGCAGUUCUAACCGCCGCUCAAUAUAAUCGACAAGCUAUGCAUUAUAGAUAUUUGGUGCAUUACGAUAACAAUAUGGGAAAGGGUGAUGGAUUCAAUGUAUGCUCCGUGGCCGAUGAUUUAGGAUGCCGGAACACAGCUUUGAGCAAUUUGGCAGAUCACACUAGUUACUUCCAAAUAGAUCAGGACGAUUUCGUAAGGAAUCAUUGCCCAAGGCAUGAGCUCAUUUGA